ACCAAAAAGAAGAAAACACGUUAAACUUGACGUGGACUAAAGUAGCUGGCCCACUUUGCUAAAUAAAAUGUACUAGACAUUCUAAAUAUUUAACCAUUAAAGUAUAAAGAAUACACGUGAAUUCUAAACUGGAUGUGAAUUAGUGAGAGAAGAUGGCCCUAGUUUAUAAAAUGUUAAGUGCAAUAUGUCUGGUGUUGUUACCGUUACUUUUAAGUCAAAACGUUGAUGCGGCGGCAGUGAUAUCAAUUGAUCUUGGGUCGGAAUGGAUGAAGAUCGGCAUUGUGUCACCCGGAGUACCUAUGGAGAUUGUGCUCAAUAAAGAGUCGAAACGAAAAACCCCGGCGGUUGUCGCAUUUAGAGACGAUGUCAGGACUUUCGGAGAGGAUGCUGUUACAGUUGGAGUUAGGUUCCCAAAGAAUUCGUACAAAUAUUUGUUGGACCUUCUAGGCAAGCCCUAUGACCAUCCACUUGUGCAAUCUUUCAAAGACAAAUUCCCAUACUACGAGCUAGUGGCCACAGAGAGGGGAACACCUGAAUUUGUUCAUGAUAACAAUACCAGAUACACACCUGAAGAGUUAGUAGGACAACUCCUGGCUAAGGCUAAGGAUUUUGCUGAGCUCAGUCAUGGUCAACCAAUAACAGAAUGUGUGAUCACCAUACCCGGCUACUUCAACCAAGCUGAGCGUAGAGCUAUGAAAGAGGCUGCUGCUCUUGCUGGACUCAAUGUGCUGCAGUUAAUAAAUGACUACACAGCUAUUGCUAUCAACUAUGGGAUAUUUAGGAGAAAGGAAAUCAAUGAAACAGCCUGGUAUGCUCUAUUCUUCGACAUGGGCGCAGUCUCCACCAAAGCAGCACUGGUUGAAUACAAAACUGUUAAGAUAAAGGACAAGGGUUAUGUUGAGACUGUACCGCAGUUGCAGGUCAUUGGAGUUGGUUAUGACAGAACACUUGGUGGUUUAGAAAUGACAUUACGUCUGCGAGAGCACCUCAUUAAAGCAUGGGAAGCGAAUGGAGGUGGAGACGUUAGGGCUUCACCCCGCGCUAUGGAGAAACUAUUGCUGGAGUCUGAACGUUUGAAGAUAGUUCUGUCCGCUAACUCUGAACAUUAUGCCCAGAUUGAGAGCUUGCUUGAUGAUAAAGAUUUUAAACAUUUGGUAAGCCGGGCUGAGCUCGAGGCCCUAUGUUCGGACCUCUGGCCACGUGUUUCGGGUGUCAUUCAACGUGCAAUUGCCGCGGCCUCUGGGUCCGGUACGGGAGCUCGGCUUAUAGUGGCCGGUGGAGCUUCCCGUGUACCUUCUGUACAGGAAACUUUGCGUUCAGCCGCCGGACUAGAGCUCUCAAGAUCGAUUAACGCCGACGAGGCAGCUACCCUCGGAGCAGUAUAUAGGGCGGCAUCUCUUGCUACUGGAUAUAAGGUGGCUCCGUUGAACGUGCGCGAUGCAGUAAUCCUUCCUAUACAAGUUGUUUUCACUCGCCACGUUGAUGGCAAUGACAGACUGAUUAAGCGGACACUUUUCGGACCAAUGAAUCCCUACCCACAGAAAAAGGUUAUCACUUUCAAUAAGCACACAGAUGAUUUCACUUUUACCGUAAAUUAUGCCGAGCUAGAUCACAUCCCUUCCAACGAAUUAAAAAAUAUUGGUACAUUGAACUUGUCACAAGUUGUACUUAGCGGUGUAAAUGAAGCCUUAACAAAGAAUUCAGGUGAUAAUAUAGAACAUAAAGGCAUUAAAGCACACUUUAACCUGGAUGAUUCAGGUAUACUUAAUUUAGCUAAUGUUGAAUUUGUCGCGGAAAAGACUGUAACAGAGGAAGAUGGAGAAGACGAUAGUACAUUAUCUAAAAUAGGAAGCACUAUAAGCAAGUUGUUUGGAUCCGAUUCAGAAGCUCCGGAGAAGCUGGAAGAGUUCUCAGAUGAAAAGCCCCAAGUACCACCAAAAAAUGAUACAGUGAAAACAAAUGAAACAGCAUCUGAAAAACAGAACGCGACAGAAGCAGAAAGCAAACCGAAACCAAAAAUCGUUGUACUAAAAGAGCCAAUUAAAACAGAUGAACAGAUUUUGAAUGUGCGACCACUGUCACUUGAAGAAUUUAAAACAUCUAAAACAAAGAUAACUAAGCUGAAUAAUAUAGAUAAAAAACGUAUAGAAAGAGAAACAGCUUUAAACAACUUAGAAGCAUUUGUCGUAGAUGUUCAAAUGAAGACUGACAUGGACGAAUAUGCUGAAUGUGGUACUCCGGAACAAAUAGUGGAAAUCAAGAAACUGUGUUCUGAAAUCUCUGAAUGGCUUUAUGAUGAUGGCUAUGAUGCUGCUACCGAAAAGUUCGAAGAGAGACUUUCUUUGCUCAAAGAAAAGACUAAUUCCAUAUUAUAUAAACAUUGGGAACAUAGAGAGAGGCCCGAUGCAGUUGCAUCUAUACGAAAGCUUCUGAAUAGUUCCCAAGAAUUUCUAAAAAUGGCCAGGAACUUUACUAAGGAGGUAAAUCCAGAUAAAGAUAUUUUCACUGAAAUAGAGAUAACCAUGCUCGACGUCAAGAUCGAGGAAACUAAAAACUGGUUAGAGGAAGCAAUUAAGGAGCAAAAUGCUUUGAAGAAGAAUGAUGAUGUCAAACUAACCAUUGACAGUAUUAGGGAUAAAAUAGCGUCUUUAGAUAGAGAAGUUAAGUAUUUACUGAACAAGAUGAAAAUAUGGAAACCAAAGAAACCAGUUAAAAUAGAGAAAGAUAAUAAAACGGAUACAGUUGUUGAACCAGAGAAACAGAAAACGGAGACUCUGGAAGAAAAACCGGAGGCUCAAGAGAAGCCUAUAACGGAAAAUACGGAGACUGAUGAAGAAUCAGUAGCAGUAGAGGAGGAGAUUACGGAAAUCCCACAAAUAGGCGAAGAAAACCAAGAAGAAGUUGAACAUUCCGAGUUAUAAUGGUGAUGUGCGGUGAUGAGUUAAUUUAUUUAGUCUAAUUUGUUUUUUACUCUGAUACAUCUACUGUAGGAGAGUGGUGUGUUCUCUUUUUGUACUGAAUUUACCUAAAGCACAACGUAACACAAUGGUUCCUUCACAUUUACCAUUAAUUGAUUAGUGACUUUGUAUGUUGAAGCUAUGUGUUGAGGCUUAACUUAGUUACAUGAUAAGUUUUACUACAGUGUAAGUUUGUAUUUGUGUGUAUCUGUCUUUAUUCUGUUAGGGCAGCUUUUCUUUGACUUGCGAAGCGAUAAGCGUGAAGUAUAAUAAUGUUAUAUAUCUUAGUACAUAUCCUGGCCGACUAAAAAGACACACGGCCUAAUUUGCUUCGGGCAGAAAUAUUAAGAUAAUGUAUGUGGUUAGUGUUUUUUUUACUCACAAAUAAGGGUGAAAUCGAUUAAAACAGUUUGUAUGGAGGUCUGAAUAAAAAAGGGUAAUUUGUAUUUAAGUUUAUUAUUUGAAUAUUUGUUUUAGCUUUCUUUGAGAAAUCAACCCUCAAGGGCUGAAAUUGGUGCUCAUUUUUCUUUAUAACAUAGUGAAGGUUACAUAUGCUAUGUUUUAGCCUAGGAAAAUAUCUUAGUCUAACUUCGUUUUUAAUAUUAAUUUAAAUUACAUCUUAUAAAAGCUCCCUUCGAUUGCUCCGUAGUCUAAAAGAAGCAGUCCUAACUGUUUAGCUAUUUAGAAUUUCAUAUGCUCUCACUUAAAUAUACCAUACUUAGUUCAUACCAUUAGGAUAUUGUGAUAAAUUAGUGCAAAAAGCGAACGCGUCCGAAAUCUUUAAUCUCAGUCUCUGGGCCGCAUUUUAAUUUCAAAAUCUAUAAAUUUAAGGCCGAUUUCAAAAGAGAUGUGAAAUCGGACCUUACAGCAUUCUUAUACGCAAAAAAAUACAGUAGAAUAGUCUAAGAUGAUAUUUUAUGCGUUUUGUAUAACAAAACGCAAAAGUUGUCAAUAAUAGCUGUUGGUUGUCGACCAGUGGGUAAAUGGUUGGAAACCCUUUUAACCGCUUGUUGUGACCUUGACAGUUUUAAAUCUGAUUGGAUGACCAUAAAACAAUGUCUCCAGUCAAAUCAUUCGCUUUAUUAUUUUAGUUUCAAGCCACCAGUAAAAUUUUGAUAGCAUCUAUUUCGGAAACAUGACGCUCUAUGCUCUCAAUUCUUGUUUGUGUUGACUGCAGCUAUUGAUUUGUACGGGAUUUUUUAUGAUGUACCUAUUUCCAAAAUGUUUUAAGCCAUACGGAAAUAAAUUCCAUAACUCCUCUUUGCAGUCAGUUUAAAACAACAAUUUGUAUGUGAUUUCGUCGUAGUGAAAUAUUCCAUAGGCGUGUAGGUUGAUAUUAUGAAAUA